CGGGAAGACGAGAGAAGCGGACUGAUUUCCUCUACUAUGGAUGAGAAUAUCUACGAUCAGUUUGGGGAGGCCAUUGACAGAAGGCUUGGAAGAGUGAGGGUUGAAGCCCAACGAAGAGCGGCAGCUGGGCCACCACCCCCUGCCAUGUUCAGGCUAUGGCAGGAAAAGGAGAAACCACCGUUUGGAGUGGAAGAAGAUGGGAGCAAUAAGGAAGUGACUCAAGGGCUGCGAGGAGGACGUGAGACGGAAGAGACCAUAAUCAUCGAGUCAGAUGACAAGGAUGAGGAGGAAAGAACGGAGCCUCUGUCCGUCUUAUUUGAGAAGAUGGAGGACUUGCUGGAUAAGAUGGGGAGGAAUACCGGGCCAAGGAGUAUAAGGAACCGGCCCAAUCCAGGAUCAUUCACAAUCGAGGAGUCGGAGGGGGAGCGCAAGAGGCUCUGGGCAGAGCCCGAAGCAGGAGAGAGGGUGGAAGUAUUUCCCCUUAGCCUGUCAGAUGUUGGGAAGGCCAUGGACCUGGUGGCCGCCCACGAGAUGGCAGAUCCGGAUGCCAUCCAGGCCUUGAGGGAACAAGUUCUGGAAUGCCCUGAGGCAAGAAGGUUGGAACUGGUAUAUCGGCUCCCAGCCAGUAGAGGGAACCCCGCAUCAGCGCAAACACAAUCCGAAGGGGAGGCGGUUGAGAAUACGCCCCUAGUUGAUGGAUUUCUGGAUCAGAAAAAAGAUGUUCGUCUCCAUAUCAAUAAGUGGUCGCCGCGAGUGCCCAGCUGUGUAGGCUAUCCUAUUUGGCAAGCGCCGAGCGGAUAUGAAAGGAGGACCGAGCUGGUCCUCAAACCCUUUAAAGAAGAGGAUCCCUGGGGCGGUAAGGAUGUUCAGUGGAUGAUGGAAUUAGCGCUGACCAACUCGCAUAGCCUGGUGGAGGAUAUGAGGACGAUUGAGGAAGGACCUGGCCACGUAGAACGGCAUGAGGACCCGAUGGGAGGAAUGUAUCUUCUCGUCAAUACGUUAUUGCAGGAAAACCUAGACCAGUCAGGCUCGUUGAACCCGACAGGGAAUGUGGACGAAAUACCCGAGAGUCAGGACGACGAGUUUGAAGAAGGGGAAAUUAAGGAAGCUUUUCGUGCAGAGGAGUACGAAGGGAUCUAUCUAGAGUUGGGGCUUCUUCUGUCAUGUGAAAUGCGGCUAAGAGAUGCGAGCGAUAGGACUCAAAGGAUGCUGCAGCGCUACUUAGUGCGAGACGGUCACCUUUUCGUGAGAAGGGAAGUGGGGAAUCCCAGGAGAGUCGUCUGCAGUAGGAAUCGUCAGAUCGAUGUCGUAGCAGCGCUUCACGAUGGUAUUGCAGGAGGUCAUCGAGGGGUACAAGCCACGUAUGCCAAGAUAAGUGAGCUGUACUACUGGGAUGGGAUGAUGGAUAUGGUCGGAAAGUUUUGCCGAUCUUGCGUACCUUGCCAGGAAAGAUCCCGUUUAAGGCAAGGAGAGCCGCUGCAUCCCAGGCUAGAGCGAGAGGUGGGGGUUGUAGUGCAUCUCGAUCUACUUUUUAUGCCACUUGGGGAUCAAGGCUAUAACUAUAUCUUCGAUGCACGCGAUAACCUGUCUGGGUUCGUAAACGGGCGUGCUAUUCACACAAAGACCGGGUCAGUCCUGGUGAGCUGCAUCGAGGAGUACUACCUGCGUUAUCCUUUCGUGAGGGAAUUCGUAAUGGACAGAGGAUCAAAGUUUACAUGCCAGGAGGUGCAAGAACUGUUAUCAAGGUCUGACUUUACGAAGACAGUCAUGCCAAGAGGAGGGAAGGGGACACGGCCGCCUCAGAGGCCGUUGAGCGCAUCAGGAGGAUAUAAGCGGCAUGGGCCUCGCCAUCGAGAGAGUACUCCAGUCUACAAUGAUGGGGACAUCGAGCUAUUCUGGGAGCAUGCGAGGCAUAUGGGUUGGACUGUCGCUCAGGCGAUUGAGAGAUUGAGGGGAGCAGUGGAGUUCCAUCGUUUUACUGAGGGUGGAUUGAGGAGGUCACCAGCACACACACGGGAGGAGCCGCCGGUGUUUGAGGGGCCGUUGAGAGAGUUAGAGACGCAUCUGGAUAUCUCUCAGUGGAGAUUAUCGCCUCAGGAUGAGAAGCAUGAAGAGCUAGUAGAAGGGGUGCCACGAGAGGAGGUGCCACGUGAGGAGAUGCCACGAGAGGAGGUGCCACGUGAGGAGAUGCCACGAGAGGAGGUGCCACGUGAGGACAUGCCACGAGAGGAGGUGCCACAAGACGAGGUCCAGGGUACUCAGCGAGAGAGAGGGUUGGGCGAUGAGAGGAGACGUGCAAGGAAGGAAGUGAUAGAGGUUGGAGAGGACACGCCCCCACAGACGCCAACAGUGGGUUUGAGACUCGGGGAUGCACCAGGGAGCACCCGGCAGGCAAAGGAGGGGUUGCAGAGAGAGGAGACCCCUUUACCUUCGUCAGAAAAGGCUCCUUCGCCAGAAGGAAGGGCAGAAAGGAGGAGAGAGAGGGCAGCUGUAAGGAUAGAAGCUCUGAUCCUGAUUGAUAGGCACCUAGCAGCUCAUGCCCUGAAGCACCCAGACCUGGACGAGCCAACACCUGCAGAGCCACGCCAGGAGUCAUAUCAGCCCGAGAAGGAGAUGGAAGCAGAGAUCCCAAAGAGGGUCGACCUCCGCACGAGGGAAAGGGUGUCAGCUGGAGAGACGACUGAGGAAAAGAGAGCAAGAAGAACUAGACGGAUAGAUGAGAUAUGGCAAGAGAGGCAGAGGUUGGAGGCAGCGGGGGAACUUCCGGAGCAGCAACAGGAGAGGCAGAGAUCGGAAGCAGCAGGAGCACUCCCAGCUAUCAUUGAGAGCCUGAGGCAGCAAACCGAGGGAAAGGUGGACAGACCAGAGAGAAGCCGGCAGGGAGAGCAGAGGCAGCCAGGACAGGGAUUGCCAGGACAGCCAUCUGSGACAGAGCCUCGCCAGGAGCCACCUAUGGGGAGGGUUAUCUUGGAGUCAGAGGAGGCGAGAGCACAGAGACAGGCGGAGAGAGAGGCGUUCGAGUUAAGAGCCCCUACCGAGCUCGCGACACUUCCAGUAGCAGCGGCGGGCCCAGUCGUACCUUUGGCAGUAGAGGAGGGGCUUCCACCAUCUAGCAGUGAGACGGCUCAGGGCUCAGUAGAGGAAUCCAUGAGCGUGCUCCUUGAGGCGGUGCAUACUAUGCAGGAGGAGGUGAGUUUGUUUUCACCUGAGCAGAGGAUAGAGGAGCCUCUUGAGAGAGAGAUGGGGAUUGAGGAGGAGGGUGCCAUCGAGGGCAGACUCCAGAGGAUAGGCACACCUGAGUAUGGACCAGAGGAGAUUGAAGAGCAGUCCACGGCAGUGCCAGGGGCGACACUCAAAAGGAGGCCUCAGAGGUUGGACACGCCCGAGUACGUCCCAGCGACAGCGGAUUUGAGAGGCAGACUAGGAUCUUGGGCUACUGGAUCUGGGUCUGCUGGACCGGUUCCGGGGACAGAGCAGCAGGAAGUCGUUAGUACCGCAGCUCCUCGAUCAGAGCAGCAGGGGGGCGUCAGUACCUUGGUGGGAUCUCCUUCAUUGCGACCUCCCCAGCCCAGGAAGAAGAAGUUCAAGAGAAAGGUAGAUCAGCUAUGUUUUUACUGCAAGAGGGACGUGCAUUUGGCUUUGGACUGUCUCGAGUUUCUUGAGGAUAAAGCAGCAGGGAAGAUCUCAGAGGUAGGGGGUAAAAUGUAUGAUAGACAGGGUAGGAUAGUAGAGAAGUCCGCAGAUGGAGUUGAGGAGGUAGGGCCGGUUUUGUCUAUAUAAGUGAGCGAGCAUUUUGUGAGGCAUCG